AUGAAGCUUCCCAUCUUCACCCUCCCCUCUCUGAUGACUGUCUUCUUCCUAAUUCUUCUCACCUACUUCAUGGUGGUCUCCUACCUCGUCUACGACGUGAUCGUGGAGCCUCUAGGUAUCGGUUUCAUGUUCGUUCUCGACGAUGUCGGCAUCAUUUUGUUGGACCUCGCUUUGGACAAGAAUCGUGCCAAGAAUGUCAAGGUCUCCUAUGCCUCUACGGGAGAAUGA